GUUCAGGAUUCAAGUGGUAGAGAGCAAGUGAAGAAAGUUCAUCAAUCGCGGUUUGCAAUAACACAAGGACCUCAGACCUCAACGAGAGAAUCGCGAUGGAAGUCGAGUCAUUUGGGAUAUCAACGGCAAAAAGCGGCUGUAAGUAGUGAGUGGUCAUCCGGAAAGGAACUAAAUGCUCGUUGCCCUCCAAGUGAAUCUGCUGCCGCUCAGGACGAUGAAUCCGAAAGCAUAGUUCCUCGCGGUGCUUGUGGCGCUUUCGUUUCUGCAUUGGAGGACGAAUUCAUAUGUGCAGCCAUAGGAUUCCAUGUUGCACGGGUUAUGAGCCGAAGACCAGACUCAACAUCACUGCUAGUGUUGGAGCGUUUAUUGUGUCAGAUGACUACGGAUAUGGAUUCACGUGUGCGUCUGUCUGCGAUUGAAGGAUUGUCGCUUCUGAGCGGUGUCGAAGAUGGACUCACUAUCCAUACCUACAAUACCGUCAAAAAUUCAGUUGGAGAUUCUCACAGACAAGUACGGGUCCUUGCGCUACGCAUACUAUUGGUUUUUGCAAACAGGAUGCCAUCACUGCCUAUUGUAAGCACUUUUUCAAAAUCGUCUGACACGAAGUUACAGCUGUGUGAUGAUGCUUUUUCAAUUGUAUGUGAUGCCGUGAAUGAUCAAGAGGUUAUGGUGAGAACUGAAGCUGCUACCAUCCUCGGAGAAUUUAACAUGGUCUCAGAUUCCUUCUUAGACCAAACCUUGGAUAAGAAAAUGAUGAAAACUGUACAGGAUUCAAGUGGUAGAGAGCAAGUGAAGAAAGUUCAUCAAUCGCGGUUUGCAAUAACACAAGGACCUCAGACCUCAACGAGAGAAUCGCGAUGGAAGUCGAGUCAUUUGGGGAUAUCAACGGCAAAAGCGGCUGUAAGUAGUGAGUGGUCAUCCGGAAAGGAACUAAAUGCUCGUUGCCCUCCAAGUGAAUCUGCUGCUGCUCAGGACGAUGAAUCCGAAAGCAUAGUUCCUCGCGGUGCUUGUGGCGCUUUUGUCUCUGCAUUGGAGGACGAAUUCAUGUCAGUGCGACGUGCUGCCGUGUAUUCCUUGGGCAAACUAGCUUCAACGCGGCCGUCUUUUGCAACGACCGCACUGGAUCAUCUUGCCGAUAUGUUCAAUGACGAGAUUGUGGAGGUACGAUUGGAUGCGAUUGCAGCGUUGACACCGCUGAUUGUACAUGGUGAAUUGCAGAAGGAGCAGCUUGAAACAGUGCUGAAGUGUCUUGAUGAUGCCAUUGUGGAUUCUCGACAGGCUCUACGUGAUCUUUUGGCAAAGGCUGAGUUUGCCGAUGCGGAGUGCAUGAGAAUUUGUGCGAGAGCGCUAUUGAAUUGUUUGCAUCGUUUUCCUUCCGAUAAAAAUCAAAUAUACCGAUGUCUGAGCGAAGUCGGUGCUCGUCACGCUGUUUUUGUGCACGGAAUGGUUCGCGAACUUCUCGGUCUUCACCUCGUAUAUGACACAAGGGAACAACAAAUAGACGAUGUUUUUUAUAUCGCUAAACUCAUCCUGGUGUUGAAUGCGGCUGCCAAUUACGAACCCAUUGUUUCGCUACUUCCCGAGUGUGUUCUAAAGCACUACCGGUUCCUUCGCGCUGCUGCCUCCGAUUUAGUUGCUCCAAUUAAGGUUCUGGAGAAACUCAGCGCAGGUGUGCCAGCAUCAUCGUGUCCCUCCAAGGAACUUGCGAACAGUACGUCCGAUAUUUUGAUGAAUGCUUAUGAAAGGUUGCAGGAAGUAAUACGUGAACCCACGUUGGCUGAUAGAAAUGCUCUGCGAAGGCUCAUUGUUGAAGAUGCGAAUGCUAUUAGUGCCUUUAAUGAGCCCCUUGCUGGUGCUGCUCGUUUCAUUGCAAGUUUAUGUGAAAUUAGCUCCGCUUUGGAAUCUCUUACUCAAGUCGUGCUUCGUGGAGGUGGAGAUAUUAGAGAUGCAUCCAACACAGUUCAUCAAGGGAUGUUGGUUGCGAAUACGCUGCCGCCGAGCAUCAGUUUGCGCGGACUACCUCCAGAGAUGGCUUCCUUCUUGAUCGAAGCAGGGAUGUUUUUGUCAUUGUUGGAACUGCUCGUGGAAAUGACUAUUACUCCUGAGCGUUAUGCUCAAAUUGUGCUGAGCAUUCGCGCUGUCAUCGCAGAAGCUGAGACGAGAGCAAAAAGAUCUUGUCUGUUGGUACCUUUGGUCAUUUUGCUAGCAACGCACGCGCCGUUUCUACCGAAUUCGUUCCCUGACGUGGGAAAGAUUCGAUCCAAAUGGGCUCAGCAACCGCGAUGUAGCAAAAUCGAAAAGCCCAUUCGUUUUGUUGCUGGUUUACCUUGUGCUGUAAAAUUUGUUGCUUCUCUUCACAAUCUUUCUGAAAACGACCUCCGCAAUCUACGGGUGCAGGUUGACUAUCCCAAUAAUACACGGGGCUACUUCAGACCUCUGGCUACUGAUAUUUCUAGCAAGAUGGGACGUGUGGCGUCUUCUGAAGCAUGGAGUGAUGCGGCUGAUGUGACCUUAACCCUUGUUCUUCUUUCGGAUUCAUCUCAGAAGGCUGUUUCAGUGCCGCUGCUCGACUUCGCCCAGUAG